AUGGCUUUAGCAACAUUACCAACUAUCAAGAAUAUUACUGAAGAUUUGGUCUGUUUAUGGGACAAAUGUUCUAAAUCUUUCGAAGAGCCCGAACUGCUUUAUAAUCAUUUGGCUAAUGAUCAUGUUGGAAGAAAAUCUACUGGAAAUCUUUGCUUAAGUUGUCAUUGGGAUAGAUGCGAAGUUCAAACAACCAAACGAGAUCAUAUUACAAGUCAUCUAAGGGUCCACGUACCGUUGAAACCGCAUAUAUGUGACACUUGUAAGAAAGCGUUUAAACGUCCACAGGACUUAAAGAAACAUGAGAAAAUUCAUACUGAUCAACAUCAACAGCAAAUUACAAUGAAUAAAAAUCUUCGAUUAAAUAAGGUUCUCCAUCCGCCAACACCACCAUUAUACUGUUCAAUCUCUGAUUCUUCUCCCACAAUUUCUUCCGUCUCUUCACCCGGAAAUCCUCCUUUAUCUCCAGCCAAUAGUGGCAUUUCUGAUUUGCUGGGUUUCUCGCCAAACACUCAUCCAAUUGCUUCUGAUAAUAACACAUUGGAGUUAAGUCAUGAUUACUGGACUUUAAAUCACAAUCAGCUAGCUGCUGCCAAUCUUGACUUAACUUCAAAUCCACUUAAUAUUUCUCUUAAUCACCGUCAUCACAAUAAUAAUCACAGUCGUAGUCAUAGCAUCAACAAUAGUUACACUCAUCACCAUUUAAGCAACAAUGAUCGUUCAAGACAUCAAAAACAGAAACGUAGCGUUGAUGUAUUAUUGGAUGAAUUUUAUCAAGAUGUUAAACGCAAACGUCUCGAACCACAGUACAGCCAAGAAUUAAUGAAAAAAUUAGAAGAUAUAUCUGAUGGUUUGUUCGGCAACAAUGAUGAUGAUGAUGCAUCAAUUAUUUUGCAACCUGAUGCUUUUACUCCAAUCUAUAAUGAUUUAGUUAUGGAUAAUCUUUUUCCUGACACAUUGCCACCAAAUAUUAUACCAUCGCAAACUGAUCUUUAUAAUCCAGCUGAUAAUGCAAUUCCAAGUCCGCCUUUAGAAGAUAGUGUUAAUGGUUGGCCAUCAUCACAUCCUUCCACCGGUCAACAAAAUCUUUAUGGUACCGCUCCUGGUUUUCCACCAAUAACAAAUGACUCUAAUUCGUCGUCAUCAUCACAAUACCUCGAUCCUAUCGAUCCUUUCAAUAUGUCAGUUUAUAUGAAUAGUGAGGAUUCUAACCUUUUAAAUAAUACUCACCGAAUGGUAAAUUUACAGCGAUCACCUCAUGAUAAGAAGAUAGAGGCACUUGGUAUUGAUAGCAAAAUUAAGAUUGAAGCACCUCAUACUACUACCAACAACAAUAAAGAUAAUAUUAUUAAAGUCGAAUGUAUUGAAAAUAGUGAUAAUGAUGUUGGAAAUGGGUUUACGGAUAUAAUGAUUGGAAAGGCCGGUUUGAAUGAUGUUGGUGAUUUAAUUAAUGGUAUUGCAAGCUUGAAUUUGAAUAGAGAAGAAGUAACGAAAACCACCACCACAUCAAUCACAACUGCAGCGCCUACAAUUGAUGAUGAAAAAUUAAAACAAUAUGCCAAAUUGAUCGAUGCUAUUCAUAAGAAAGUUAAUCUUAUGUUUAAGAAAUCAUAUCUCGAACAAAUCAACAACAAUAAUAGUAAUAGUGGUGACAAGGAUAAUGAUGCAUUGAUACUAUUGAAUAAUCAAGUUAAAUAUCAACAAAAUUUGACGGUGAAUUAG